UCCCACUCCUGGUUUCAGACACGUCUAACCACCCUUGUCUGCCCAUGGUCAGAGGCAGCAAGUCCUCCAGCCAGAGACGAUUCCCAAGAACAGUGACCCGCAUGGUGUGAGGCCUGCGGAGAGAUUGGAGGAGUUGGAGGAGAACGUGAUGGUAGAAGAGGAAGAGGCAGCGGUUCUCACAGCUCCAGAGGCUCCGCUUCCCAGCAGUCCUGGAGAUACGGUGAUGACAGAGGGGGAGCAGAGCCCCCAAGAAGGAAUCAGCCUUGAAUGUGUGGAUGCUGCUGACAAACCUCCCGCCCACAUCCCAGAGACUCGGGCCCUGACUCAGCGUCAGAAGAGAAGAGGUUCUCGGCAUGCAAGAGGUUCCCACAAGAGAAAAAGGGGGAACACUCCCACCAUCCAAGAGGAGCCUCAGGAAGCAGCCGUGCCAUUGGGCCAAGGACAAGCUGUAGGACAGCCCGGGUCCGAUUCAGUUGGUGCAUCAAACGCUGUGGAGCCAGCUGGUCACCCUGUUGGCACAGAACCCGGGAGACAGAUCCCAAACGAGUGUGAGGACUGCCACGAGAGGUUCAGUAAUAAAUCCCAGUUAGACCUUCACCGGAGGACACACACGGGAGAGAGGUUCUUCCAAUGCCUUUUCUGUCCCAAGAGAUUCCCUCAGGCCUGGGACCUGAGGGUCCACCAUCGGACUCACCAGGGCCAAGCCGAUCCGCUUUUACCGUCCGCAAAGAGAGGUUCGCCCAGGAGUCCAUGCUGCGUGGCCUCCAGCGGGUCCACACCCGGGAGAGGCCGUACCAGUGGGACGUCUGCCACCAGAAGGUCAGCCACAGAGGGAGCCUCAACAUCCACAUGUGGCCCCUCUCGGGCCUGAGGCCCUACCGGUGUCCCCGGUGCGACAGGGCCUUCCGCCAGCUGGGGACAUUUCAACGCCACCAAAGGGCAUGUCAACCAGGCGGU